AACUUGAUUAUUAUAAUUGGCAAGAGAAUUCAAAUAAAUUCUUGAAAAUGCCACUGCUAGCGCUGCUGGCAUCUUCAUUACAUACAUUGCUCAGUUGAUCGUGUUUAUAAAGCCCACUGUCACCCACUAAUCUUCCAGUUGAUCAGUUGAUCUCACUGAAUUCACAUUUCAAUACAUUAUUGUCUGCAACAGUGAGCGGUGAAUUUCAAUUUUAAAAAAACUAUCAAGCUGAACUGCAACUGAAAAUGUCUAAAGCCAAUGAAUUUAGUGAUUAUCGUAGUCCACUGGCUGCUCGUUAUGCAUCCAUGGAGAUGCGUUUCAACUUUAGUGAUCAAAAUAAAUUUAGCACGUGGCGUCGAUUAUGGAUUUUCCUCGCUAAAGCUGAAAUGGAAUUGGGUUUAAUGAUAACACCCGAGCAAAUCGCCGAAAUGGAAGCACAUGUUAAUGACAUUGAUUUUGAAGCGGCUGCAACAGAAGAAAAAGCAACUCGGCACGAUGUUAUGGCUCAUGUUCAUGUUUUUGGAAAGCAAUGCCCGAAAGCCGCACCAAUAAUACAUCUUGGAGCUACCAGUUGUUAUGUGGGAGAUAAUACAGAUCUCCUUAUUCUUCGUAAAGGCUUUGACAUCAUCCUUCCAAAAUUAAUUGGUAUUAUAUCGAGAUUAACCAAGUUUGCUGAAGAAUACCGAUCGUUACCAACUCUUGGCUUUACUCAUCUUCAACCGGCUCAACUAACGACAGUUGGUAAAAGAGCAACUCUCUGGUUGCAUGAUUUAUUAAUGGACGAGAGAGCACUCCGUCGUGCUAGGGAUGAUUUGAAAUUCAGAGGUGUAAAGGGAACAACGGGAACUCAAGCCUCAUUUCUACAACUUUUCAAUGGCGAUGGGGAUAAAGUAAAGAAACUCGAUGAUCGUGUCACAAAGCUCGCUGGAUUUGAUAAACAUUAUGGAGUUACUGGCCAAACUUACAGUAGAAAAGUGGACGUCGAGUGUAUAAAUGUACUGGCAUCUCUUGGAGCAACUGUUCAUAAAAUAUGCAGUGAUAUAAGGAUAUUAGCAAACAUGAAAGAAAUAGAAGAGCCAUUUGAAGAGACCCAAAUUGGUUCAUCAGCGAUGCCUUACAAAAGAAACCCAAUGCGUUCCGAACGUUGUUGUAGUAUUGCCAGACAUUUGAUGACUCUUGUAGGGAAUAGUCUGCAAACUGCUGCCAAUCAGUGGUUGGAGAGAACUUUGGAUGACUCAGCAAAUCGUAGAAUAACACUAGCAGAAGCAUUUCUCUCAGCAGAUGUUAUUUUAAUGACUCUACAUAACAUCACCCAAGGAUUGGUCGUCUAUCCUAACGUUAUUGCACGACAUGUAGCUCAAGAGUUACCCUUCAUGUCUGCUGAAAAUAUCAUUAUGGCAAUGGUUAAAGCUGGUGGGGAUCGUCAGGUAUGCCAUGAGAAGAUUCGCGUUCUGUCGCAUCAAGCUGGCGCUCAAGUUAAGCAAUACGGUUUGGACAAUGAUCUCGUCCAACGAAUCAAGAAUGAUCCUUAUUUCAAACCCAUACAACAUCAACUCGACCAACUUUUGGAGCCAUCAACCUUUGUUGGAAGAUCACCGGAUCAAGUUAUUGAAUUUAUCCAACAAGAAGUUCAACCCGUUCUCCGUCUCUACGAGGGAAUAGAACAACAAUCCGUGGAGCUUUCCAUCUGAAAUAAUUUCUUCACUCUACCCUUUCAAUACAAUAUUUUUUCAUCAAUAAAAUAUUUUUAUUCAUU